AUGCCUUGCCCGAGGGCCAACCUGCUGACCACCAAGAACACGUUCUUGGCCUGCAGGUCGCCGUGGACGGAGGACGUCGUGCUGCCUCGGAGGCCCACCUCCGACCCCACCUCUUCCAGCACCGCCAGCGUCGCGGAGACGGAGUGGACCCAGAGGGACACGAGCAGCUGCGACAAGCCGUCGUCCGUCGCGACUCGCUCCGCUGCGGGCCACUGCCCCUCUCCCGCCCUCGCGGGCACAGCGGAGUCUUCGCGAGCAGCGGGCCAGGCGGAGGACGAGCCUCUCAAGCCCAGGACGAGGGCGCAGCGACGCCGCCAGCAGCGCAAGCUGGCCAGGGAGUUGGGCAGGCCACUGCUCCGCAGGGGGCGCGACCAGGAUCGGCCGGCCGACGGCGACGACGACCAGUCGCAGCUCAGCUCCGAUCCGACGGCGCGCCUGAUCCGCAAGAGGCCCGACCAGGAUUGGCCGGCCGACGGCGACGACGCUCAGUCGCAGCUCAGCUCCGAGGGACCGCCUGACCCGCUGGCCUGGCCAGAAGUAAAACACUUGAUCCGCAACCGCCGUCAGGGUCAGCUCUCAGAGACCAUCUCUCCGCAGGGGCCAGCUCGCGACGAAGCCACCCCAACAAAGAUCUCUAAAUGA